AGAUCAUUCCUGACAUUUAUAAUCUCGGUCAUGCGCAGUAACUACAUCCAAGAUGGCGGCGCGCUUGUAAAACUUUCUGCGAUUUUGACCGAUUUUCCGAAUUUCUUUGCCGUUUUCUCGAUAUUUUGAGCAGGCAUUUUGAUAUUCAAAGACAGUCUACAUAGAGUAGAAGAUGGGGAAAGCGGAGAAGAAGAGAAACAAGCACCGAUCUCGUUCAGGGUCAAGAGAAAGGAGCAGGAAAGAGGAAAGAAGACGAUCCCGGUCUCGGUCCCCGGAUCACAAACAUAAGAAGAAGGACAGACACCGAUCCAGAUCACGAUCCCCUUCACCCAGACAGGACAAGAGACAGAGGAGAUCCAGAUCAAGGGAGGACAGAUCCAGAGAUAAAAGUGGAUCAAAGCGGAGGCAGAGAUCCCGGUCCAGAUCCAAGGAAGGUGGAAAGAAGAAACAUAAAAGAAAAUCAAGGUCAAGAUCAGACAGUAGAGGUCGUGGGUCCAGUCAGUCGGCAGGUUCGUCAGAGGAUUCAGGAAGUGAGUCCGACUCCACAGCAGAUGCACGGAUAGAGAAGAGGAGGAGAGAGAUGCAGCAGGAUAAAGAGAAAACAAAGGAGGAGAAAAAGAAACAGAAGGAGUUGAUGAAGUUGUACGAGACCCCAGAGGAGAAGAGAGCCCGGCGAUUGGCCAAAAAGGAAGCAAAGGCUCGGAAGGCUCGGGAGAAUAUGGGUUGGGACCAGGAGUACAUGGGCUAUACCAACACUGACAACCCUUUUGGGGAUGCCAACCUCCUGGACACAUUUGUGUGGUCAAAGAAACACGAGAAGGAGGGAACGGCACACUUGUUGAAGGAGGAGCAGGAAAGAAUACAGAAAAGGAAGCAACUAGAAAUGAAGAAUGAGCUGGUGAAAGUGAAGCAGGCCCGGCUGGAGAGGGAGAGAGAGAGACAGCAGAGGGAGGAGGAGAUGGAGGCCAUGCAGCGAGCUAAGGAGGCAGAGUACUACAAGGAGUGGGAACAGCAGGAGGACAAUUUCCAUCUGCACCAAGCCAAGCUGAGGUCCAAGAUCAGGAUCCAGGACGGCCGAGCCAAGCCCAUCGACUUACUGGCCAAGUACAUCAGUGCAGAGGAUGAUGACAUCGCUGUGGAGAUGCACGAACCCUACACGUUCCUGACUGGCCUGACCAUGACUGACCUUGAAGACUUGGUGGAGGACAUCAAAGUGUACAUGGAGCUGGAGCAGGGGAAGAAUGCCGACUUCUGGAAGGACAUGACCGUUAUCGCUGAAGACGAACUCAGCAAACUCAAGAAGUUGCAGCAGACUCAAAGAGGUGAAUCUGGAGUGGACAGAAGAGAGGGAAUCAAUGCAUCUGUUACCACAGACGUUGUCAGCAUCUUCCACGGAAAAACUUUUGGCCAGCUUGUUGCCCUUCAACAACAGAUCAUGAAGAGAAUCAAGUCGGGGGAUGCGGUGGACAUCGGGUACUGGGAGUCCCUCCUGCAGCAGCUGAAGGCACACAUGGCCAGGGCCAGGCUCAGGGACAGGCACCAGGAGACACUCCGCAGGAAACUCUUCCAGCUCAAACAGGAGCAAGGAGUUGAGAGCCAGCCACUGUUCCCCAUCUCUGUGAAGCAAGAGGAAGAUUCGGAUGAAGAGGAGAUGGAGGCUGGACCAUCAGAAGAUGUCACAUCCUCCCAACCAGAACCAGACCCAGAGCCUCAGCCUGGCCCAAGUUCUGCACCAGAUGGAGAGACUGAAGAAAAGAAAGAAGAGGAGAAGACUGAAGAAGAUACAAAGGAACCUGAGGCUGUUCUGACAGAAGAAGAUCUCAUGGAGCAAAGUUAUGAUGACUACAAUGCAGGGAGAUACAGUCCCAAGCGUCUGAGAACCAGGGACCUGCCCCCAGACUGUUUAGUGUUUGACCCAGCUGAUGACCUGAGAAGACUGGAGAUCGCCAGAAGGAAGGUGGCUGCCAGCGGUACAGCUGAGGAGGAGACAGAGGAUGACCAGUUGAUGAAGAAAGCGAGAGAAGGGAUGACCAGUGACGAGGCCACCUUCAGUGUGGAGGUGCCGCUGCAACAGAAGGUCUACCUGUGGUCCGACAAGUACCGACCACGCAAACCACGCUUCUUCAACAGGGUUCACACCGGUUUUGAGUGGAACAAGUAUAACCAGACUCAUUAUGACUUCGACAACCCACCUCCAAAGAUUGUCCAAGGAUACAAGUUCAAUAUCUUCUACCCUGACCUGAUAGACAAGACCCAGACUCCAGAGUACACUCUGACUCCAGAGGAGGGCAAGAAGGACUU